AUGAGUGAAGACUUGUCUGAAGAGGAUAAGUUUAUGCACGUGUAUAGACAAGAGGUGAUGCGAACCGUUAUCGAUGGUGAUUACACAGGUGCGUGUUACCUAAAUAUUGGUGUGUAGUAAUAGUAGUAAGUGGGAGCUUAUCAUUAUAACUUGUGCUGAAAGCUAAUCUAGUCCAAUAUGAGGAUCACCGCCUAAGUCCCAUAUUAACUUAUAAAUUCGUUUUCAAUAGAGUUUAUAAGUUUAGACUCUAUUGUCUAAUUUGUCUUGAAGUGAAAUAUAAAAUGUCUUGAAACUAAUUUAUAUUGGUUAGCUUAGAUUUUUAAUAUAACUAUAUUUGUUUCUACAUACUUCUGAUUUGUUUUAGACAACAUGUUAAGAUUAUCACAUGCAUGUCCUUUAUUAGGAUAUCUACAAGUUCUUAUAAUGGCAGAUACAUUGCAGCGGAGAAUCAUACAGCAUUGUAACGCACCUGGAAUGGAUUUGUACAAUACUGAGGUGAUACCAUUACAUAUUCCGCCAAAUAUCUCCCCAAUUCAUAUCCUCUGGUGUUCCUUGAGUGGGGGUGGCAUACAAAAUCACAUCAUCCCACAACAAAAAUGCAGAGAUGAAAAUGGUAAUACUUAG